UUAAAAACAUUAUUUGUUAUAUUUCUAAGACACUUAAAAAUUAAGUAAAAUGAAUCCGAGUACGAAUAUGAUGAUAGAAAUAAAUUUAACAGACAUCGAUGUUUCUAGUAAAAAUCGUUUGGGUUUGCCACUAGACAAAGUUAACAACUUAAUAAUAAGCACUGGAGUUCCAAUACCUCGACAAGGUAUUCAAGUAGAAAUUGUUGACAAUAGCAAUUCAUAUUGGGUAAAUUUGAGACAAGACUCAAAUGGUUAUUUCAUCGGAAGUGGGUGGAGCAGUUUCAAAGAUGCAAGACAGCUCAAAGCAGGUGAUGUUAUCAGAUUAGACUGGCAACCGCAAGAUUACAAAUUUAUAUUUUCUAUGUGA